UUAACUCCAUUAAAUCCUCCCUUCAAGGCCUUCUCUCUUCCAUUGCUCCAAUCAAGCAUUUCUGCGUCCAAAGUCAACCACAUGGUCUUCUCCGGCUGCUCCCUCCGACAUUCUUUCACCGGAACUAUCUCGACCACCGCCAUGACCACCGCAGCAACCACAAUCAUUUCCGUCAUCACUCUGUAAACUUCAGCGCUCUUCCACCUCUCUUCCUCUGCGGUUUUCCUUGCCGGCUUGGUUCGGGAAGAAACGGAAUCAUCAGUGAAAUUUUUGUUCCCGGUUGGAGUUCCAGAUGACCACUGUUAAAGGCUACGGCUCGUGCAUGCGGGAGUAUGCUCUCCAAUUUCCACGCUCCAAUUCUAACGAUAGCUAUAAGAGACAAUGUACCAAGAGGAAUGCCAGAUGGAGGUCUCCACAGGCUGCCGUCAUACCGAAUUUACAUCUUCCAAUGCGCAGUUUCGAAGUGAAGAAUAGGACAUCGGCCGAUGAUAUCAAGUCUCUUAGACUUGUAACUGCCAUUAAAACACCUUAUCUUCCCGAUGGCAGAUUUGAUCUUGAAGCGUACGACGCCUUGGUGAAUCUGCAGAUUGAAAAUGGAGCUGAAGGUGUGAUUGUGGGUGGCACAACUGGUGAAGGUCAGUUGAUGAGCUGGGACGAACAUAUAAUGCUUAUAGGUCAUACUGUCAACUGUUUUGGUGGAUCAAUCAAGGUAAUAGGUAACACUGGAAGCAACUCCACAAGAGAAGCAAUUCACGCUUCUGAACAGGGAUUUGCUGUUGGAAUGCAUGCUGCCCUUCAUAUAAAUCCUUAUUAUGGAAAAACUUCCAUCGAGGGAAUGAUCUCUCACUUCAAUUGUGUGCUUUCUAUGGGCCCGACUAUUAUAUACAACGUACCACCACGAACUGGCCAAGAUAUUCCCCCGGUUGUCAUUCAAACAGUUUCUCAAAGUGUCAAUCUAGCAGGUGUGAAGGAAUGUGUCGGAAAUGAUCGUGUUGAGCAGUAUACUGUCCAAGGAAUUUCAGUCUGGAGUGGAAACGACGAUCAGUGCCACGAUGCUAGGUGGAACCAUGGAGCAACUGGAGUUAUGUCUGUUGCUAGCAACUUGGUGCCUGGUUUAAUGAGAGAGCUCAUGUUUGGAGGGAAGAACUCUUCCCUAAACGCAAAACUGAUUCCUUUGAUGGACUGGCUGUUCUACGAACCUAACCCGAUAGGCUUGAACACGGCUCUCGCUCAACUCGGGGUAGUGAGGCCCGUGUUUAGGCUACCAUAUGUACCUCUUCCAAAAGCAAAGAGGGAGGAGUUUGUGAAUUUGGUGAAGCAAAUCGGGCGGGAGAAUUUCGUGGGCGAAAAAGAUGUACAAGUUCUUGAUGAUGACGAUUUCAUUUUGGUUACUCGGUAUUAGUAUGAAGUCAGGUAUUUUAGGUCUAUACCUUGGCCUUGAUCUUAACGUUUGUUGUUGUUAGGUUAUGUGGGUGUUGAAUUUGUAGUGAAAAUAUAUGGAAAUGCUAUUUUGCACUUUAUUUUAUGGACGUGUAUUUCAAGUCUUCAACUCGUUUCUUGGCGUCUAAUGUGUUGCUAAAUAAGGAUGCCUGUUAGUUGAAGUGUCUGGUUCUGAUUCUAUUUAUUGUGGCAAUUUCCAAAUUAAAAAAAAA